UUAAUGUUGUGUGUAGCGUUUAAAAUAGGCAGGGGUAUUGUACAAACCAAACGUUAUAGUAUAUCAUAUCAUAUGUAAGUAAUGUGAUAAACAUAUUCUCUCACAAAAUGCUGUUUGGAAGUACAAGUAAUGUUGUGGUCUUGUUAUGUACGAUAUCGUGCAUUGCAUGUAUAGACAACUUUACCCAGAGUUUUGAUAAUACUACUGAUGCACCUUCUCCAUACAGUAACAUCACUUACGGGCAAGACGGCAUCGAACCAUCUGUAAAGAAUUCCUCCGCAAUCCCGAAAACAACAACUACCCCUACUGUAAUUAUUCAAGCUUCCUCAUCACCAAGAACAAAAGAUAAUUACGGUACAACUUUGCCCGAACUGACAUCACAAACUCCAUCAACGACCACAAAAUCCGGACCCAAGAAAUGGCACCAUCCGAUCAUCUGGGAUAAUUGGUCGUUCUGGGGACCGUGCUCCAGAACGUGCGGAGAAGGAAUCAAGAUACGAACUCGUAAAUGUCUGGUGUGGACGGGUGAAUUUUUUGCUAGAACUCAUCUGACGGCCUGUGAAGGAACAAACAUUGGUUAUAAAGUUUGUUCAAAACGUAAAUGUCCAAGUGAAUCACGUGACUACAGAGAAGAACAGUGUAAGUCAUUGAGUAAGAAACCAUUUCUGGGAAGAAAAGCGUUGACAUGGAAACCAGUUUACUCUAAAGAUAGACCAUGUGAGUUAAAUUGUCAGGCUGAUGUAAGAAGUAAUUAUUAUAAUUUUGGUCAGGUACAAGAUGGUACUAGAUGUAGUACAACUGGCUACUAUGUCUGUAUAGAAGGUAUCUGUAAGCGUGUUGGAUGUGAUGGUAUUAUAGAAUCACCUAUUAAAGUUGACAUGUGUGGAAUUUGUGACGGAAAAAAUGAUACCUGUACAUUUAUACAGAAAACGGUCAUGUCUCGCUUCCCAAGGCAUGAUAAAGAAUUUCCGGGUUAUUAUAGAAUUGUGACAAUACCAAGAGGAUCCAGACAUUUCAAAGUCUUAGACAACAGCAGGAAUAAUAUUGCCUUGAUGGACAAUGACCACCAUUUUAUCAUCAAUGGUAACCGUAAUUUAAGUCAAUCUGGUAAUUAUAACGUAUCAGGAACAUCAGUUUUAUAUUUACGAUCGGGAACCUUCGGUGAAUUAUUUGAAGGUGAAGGACCUCUAACAGAAGAUGUACAUAUAAUGUUAUUGUAUCGACAACGACAUCAUGAAAUAAAGUAUGAAUUCUGGCAACCAAACAUUGGCGACAAUUCUACACAAAUAACAGUGACGUCGCCUACUUCCAGAUCAACAGAGAAUCAACAGACGACACGAGCUCAGACCUUAUCAGAUGACCAAAUAUGGAAAAUGCUGAUAAAUGAAUUAAAGGAAAAGCAACACGUAACGGAAAGGGGAAUAAAAACUGGUGUUUAUUCGUCUAAAUAUAAACCUCAACCAAACAAGUCACAUUCAAAUAAACGGAAAAACGAGGUUGAUAUAUAUAGCCCGUCAAUACCGGAUGUUAUCUACUCUAGACGACAUAGAUACAAGAAACGAUUAAAGUUUGAAAAAAAAAAUUGUAGAAAAUAUCCAAAAGUGAAAGAUAGAAAAGCUCAAUUCUGUAAAAGUGACUUUGUGUCACGAGUACGUAUCCUGGGUGCUGAGAUAAUUAAUGGCGAAACCAGAUAUGACGUCAGCAUCAUCAAAAGUUAUAAAAAGGGAUUGUCUUUAAUGCAGCGAGAAUAUUUGUGGGUUCCGAAUGUUUGUAAAUGUCCAAGAUUAAAGAUUAAUGGUGAAUUUUUGGUGAUGGGGAAAUUCAGUUCCGUGCAUCGUAGAGAAAUCAGACUUUCUGUUACACCCGAGAGCUACGUAAGACGCUAUAAAUCUCGUUAUGAACCCAAACUUUACAGAAUGAACAGAAAAUUAAAGUGCAAAUAACUAAACUUCGGCUAAUAGGAAUUGAAAUGGGAUUUUAAAUUUCGUUUCGGUUUAUAUAUUUUUUUUUGAAUGGUUUAUACAAAUUAGACACCAGAUAGUAGAAAACUAGAUCGGAGACGGUCUAGAACAUAUGACGUCAUAUAUGGAUUGUGGGUUAGGGUAAGGAUUAGGGCUGCAAAUUUCGUCAAGGUCUCGAGAUGGAAACGGGGCUAGCGCUAACCCUAACCCUAAGCCUUACCCAUAUCCUAACCCAAAAACACAAUUCACAUUUGUGUUAGACCGUCUUCGAUCUAAGGUUCUCCCACCAGAUAACAUACUUAAAUAAGUCGGCGCUUCCUAUUCCGGAUGUGUACAGAUUGGCGUUAUCGAGAGCCACUCCUACGUCACACCCUUUCUCGACGUCACUUAGGGCAGAUUAUCCAGUCUACAUGAUUUAACAGUAAGUACAGGAGGACCGCACUACAAUAUGACAAACACAAGUGAAUGUCCUGCCAUAAGAGUCUUCUAUCUGCACAGUCUCGGGUCCGUAAUGAUAUAGGCUUGAAUCAAAGCAAUAAGAGAAACAAUCCACAACAAAAGGAGAAUAGUUCCCAUGUGUUUAUCAUUCUAAUAAUUCCUUAUAAUGAUAGUGUGUUCGUUUUAAAUCCAUUUUUAAUGAAUGUUUUAAAUCAUGUUUGGUCAAGAACCAUUUACAACAACCUUAUACAGAUCAGAAGCAGCUAAACGCCUUAAAGAUGUUGUGAGAGCCAAGGUCGGGGUUAGCCUAUAUCUUGGUGCCGUACAGACUGAAGGGACAGCUGGGAACAAUGGUACAAGUCUAUUUGAAUUAAUCAUUUAUGAUUAUUGCGCUGACCUGUUUUUAACUACCAUACUGCAAAACUAUUAAGCAUGCUGAUGCUCUGAUAGCCAAAUAAAUAUUCUUAGUGUACGGUGCCACCAUGUCUAAAUUAGGCCCCCCAAAAGGAUUGCCUAUUUUAAACUAUGACAAAAAAAAGGUGAAACAAAAAUUGUAAUUCUCAUUAGACUUAGUCAUUUAAUAAUAUCGUAAAUCUUUGUAAAGAGAGAGACCGAGAGAGAGAAAUUGGGUUUAACGUCCACUCGACACAAACUAGGUCAUUUCGGAACUAACAUGUACAAUAGUUCAAUUUUAUUUCAAUAAUUCGCUUGCGCGUAGUGGUCUUUAGCAGUGGGGGGAAACCGGAGGACCUGGAGAAAACCCAGGAGGUUGGACAGGCGACCCUAUUCCUUGUCACGUACAACCGGGCUUUGUAAAUAGAAUAUGCUAUAGAUUUGUGUAGACAAGAGAAUAUGCUAGUCGCUAUAUAUAUAUAUAUAUAUAUAUA